GAUGGCGCCGCCCCAUUUCCGCUUCCCGCCCUCCCGCCCAUGGCGGCGCAUCCGGAGCCAACAUGGCGGACGUGCUGGAUCUCCAUGAGGCGGGCGGGGAGGAUUUCGCUAUGGACGAGGACGGGGAUGAGAGCAUCCACAAGCUGAAGGAAAAGGCCAAGAAGCGGAAGGGCCGCGGCUUCGGUUCAGAGGAAGGAUCCCGGGCCCGGGUGCGGGAGGAUUAUGACAGCGUGGAGCAGGACGGGGAUGAACCAGGACCUCAGAGAUCUGUGGAGGGCUGGAUCCUGUUCGUGACGGGGGUGCACGAGGAGGCCACGGAGGAGGACGUGCACGAUCGCUUUGCUGAGUUUGGGGAGAUCAAGAACAUCCACCUGAACCUGGACCGGCGCACGGGAUACCUCAAGGGCUACACGCUGGUGGAGUACGAGACGUACAAGGAGGCGCAGGCGGCCAUGGAGGGGCUGAACGGGCAGGAGCUCAUGGGGCAGCCGGUCAGCGUCGACUGGUGCUUCGUCAGGGGCCCCCCCAAGGGCAAGCGGAGGGGUGGGCGCCGGAGGAGCCGCAGUCCGGACCGGCGCCGCCGGUGAUGGAUCCAGGAUUCCACCUGUCCAUGUUCCGAGUCCAAACUGGGCGAAACUGGGAAAACUGGGGGGGGGGUUUGGACACAGGUCUGAGGAGCCAAACCGGCUCCAUCCCUUGGGAAAUCGGGGGGUUGCAGAAUUUUAUUGUUUUCAGAGGACAAACAUGAGGGGAGCAGCAGCAGCCCCCGAGGGUUAGGGGGUGUUUCCCUCGGGUUUGGGGGGGAUCCCUCCCAGCCCCCCAUCCCAGCACAUCCCAGGAGUUUUUUCCCUACCCCAGGCAAACGUUCCCUUGAUCUCCCGUGGGAUUUAUCCCACUGGGAAACCCUUAUUUUCUGUUAAAUAACAGUUUUUGUGUAAAUUUG